AAUUUGGGCCGUAGAUAUGUGAUUUUCGGUUAGAUCGUGGCAACGAUCAAUUCUAUCUCCUCAUUUGCUUCUCCUUUGUUUUGUUUUUCAACCCAAAGCCCAAAGCCACCUCGCAUUGGCACUUGCAUGACCCCUAAAAACCCUAGACAGAGGAAGCCAUAUAUUUCUUAGACGCCAAGCGAGGAGCAGCAGCAGAGCAAAGGGUUUAGAGAGGAAAUGGUGUCGAAGAGGAAGACCCCUGUCAAGACCCGAAACCCAGAUCUCAUACGUGGUGUGGGCAAGUAUUCCAGGUCUAAGAUGUACCACAAACGUGGCCUUUGGGCCAUCAAGGCCAAAAACGGCGGCGUUUUUCCCCACCAUGAUCCCAAACCUAAGGCCCCCGCUGCCGCCGAGAAGGCUCCCAAGUUUUACCCGGCUGAUGAUGUCAAGAAGCCGCUUCUUAAUAAGCGCAAGCCAAAACCCACCAAGCUCAGAGCGAGCAUUACUCCAGGGACCGUGCUGAUUUUGUUGGCUGGAAGGUUUAUGGGGAAAAGGGUUGUUUUCUUGAAGCAACUGCCUUCUGGGCUCCUUUUGGUUACUGGACCAUUCAAGAUUAAUGGUGUUCCUUUAAGGCGUGUGAACCAAUCCUAUGUCAUUGCUACUUCCACCAAGGUUGACAUCUCAGGAGUUAAUACAGAGAAGUUUGAUGACAAGUACUUUGCCAAGGAAGUAGGGAAGAAGAAAAAGAAGGGUGAGGGCGAGUUUUUUGAAGCUGAAAAAGAGGAUAAGAAGAAACUGCCCGAAGACAAGAAAGAAGACCAGAAAGCUGUAGAUGGCUCUUUAAUAAAGUCCAUUGAGGUAGUUCCAGACUUAAAGGCCUACCUCGCUGCAAGAUUUUCUCUGAAAUCUGGCAUGAAACCUCAUGAGCUUGUCUUCUAGAGGGAAUUUUGCAUUUACUUAACUGUUAAGUGCAACAUUGGUUUACAGUAUCUUUGGUUGUAUUAUCGGAUUCUAUAUGUGGAAAACCAAAAUUUUGGGAUACUAUCUUUUGUUAUGUAAGAGCCUCAACUUUCCUUAUUUGACUGUGAUUUGUGCUAAUCUGAUUGGAGCUUGUUCUAUUAAGGUCAAAUUUUGUAUUUGACAGAAUUGAAUA